UUGAUGUUUUGAUUGCGUUGUUGUCAUUUUAUUAUUUUGUUUUUUUUUAAAUUGUUGUUUUGGUUGUUUUUUAAUCUACAAAUGUUCAAACAAUGUCUUGGCUGACGGAAAUUGCUGGAAAAGCCGAAAACUUCCUAAAUGCUGUCGAUAAAAGUGCCGCAACUGCAUUAACAAAUGUUAAUCAUAAAAAUGUUCGAAAACAUUCCUUUAAUAAAUCGGAUACGACAAAUGAUCAUAAUGGAAGUUUACAUUUGCUUGAUACAGAAUAUAUUGAUACACCCGAUAUAAUGAGUUUAAGAACAAGUACGAGUACGAAUUCACUUCUUUCUGAAAAUGGUAAUAGCCGAAAAGGUGAACAUACCCGUACAUCAAGUUAUGAUUCAAUUGGUUCACGUAAUUCUAAAUCACACGAUGAUGAUAGACUUAUGGAAUAUUUAAACAAGGAUAAUAAUAUCCCCGAAGAAGAAUGGCAAUCGUUGAAUAAUUCUAAUCACGAUGAAUCAUCAAAUGAUAAUAAUAAAUUAAGAACAAAACGUGAAAUCCUCACACGUGAUGUUAAAGAGCUUGAUUCAUUGAACAAGAAAAUCCUGGAAUUGAAUGGCGCAUUCAAGAAACAAAAACUGAAAGCACAAAAUUAUUAUAAUCAAAAUAUGGCCAAUGAAAAAUUGAUUAAGGAAUUGAAUUCAAAAGAACAUGAUCUAAUUGCCUCAAUUAGUGCAAAAGAUUCCCAAAUCGCUGCCCUCAAAGUUCAAACAGAACAAUUAUUGGUUGAAAUACAGGAAAAAGAGGAAAAAUAUAAAGAAUUGAAACAUCUACAUCAACAGAUUAGACAUGAACUUCAGAAUAAAUCUGAAAAUAAUGAAUUGACAAUCAAUUUGCAACGAGAAAUUGAAUCGUUGAAACAAUCCUUAGAAUUUGAAAAAGCUGAAUCAAAGCGAAUACAGGAUAGUAGUAAUCAACAAAUCAUACGCCUUGAGGACAAUCAACGAUCAUUGAUUGAAGAAUUGGAUAAUUACCGACGGCAAUUGAAUGAACAAAAAUCUAACCGUACCGAAUUAGAAAUGAUUAAUAAUAGUUUACGUAAAAAAUGUGAAACAAUUGAAAAAGAAUUUGAACAAUUUAAAUGUAAAGUUCAAAAAACAUUGAAAGAUAAAGAUGACCUGAUGGAAACGUCACGUUCCAACAAAACCAAUGAUGAUGAUGGUGAUCAUGAUCAUCAUGAUGAUGGGCAAAUGAAAAUUCUACAUGAACAAUGUAAUACAUUAAUGAAUGAAUUGAUUGAAUUACGUAGUCGAUAUGAUCAGAUGAAAUCAAUGUUGGAUAAAGAUGAAAAUGAAACGAUUCCUCGGCAAACUGCAGAAAUUCAAACAUUGAAAGAUCAAAUGGAAGAGGAGAAAAAAAUUAAUUCGAAUUUACAGAAUGAAAUCGAUCAAUUAUCUCGUGAUCGUAAAUCAUAUCAGGAUGAUCUGAAUCAAAUAAAAUCCAGUCUUUCCGCACGAAUCACUGAACGUGAUGAUGAGAUUGAUAAACUACGGCGACAAUUGAUUCUUAAACAACAACGUACCCCAACCAAUCAUCAUCUGGUACAAAUGGAUGAUGAUCAAUCAUCAUUUAUGAUGAAUACAUCAAUCACCAAUGAAUGGGAACAACGGCUAAAAUCAUUAACAGAAAAUUUAAUCACAAAACAAUCAAUGAUUGAACAAUUAUCUUCAACCAAUCAUUCAUUGAAAUUACAAUUGGAAAGAAGUGAACAAAAAUUACAUGAAUUAGUGAUGAAUAAUGGCCAACUAAAAAAUGAUGUUGCAAUUGGAAUAUAUCACUCACCAUCAUUUACGAAUCUGAUUAAACAUCGUAUUACCGGUGGGAAUAAUGAUAGUGUUCAAUCAUUAAUACAUGAUGAUCCUAAUGAUGGUCAGGUAACACGUAAAGUUAAACGUGCAUACACGGCAAUCGAUACAUUCAGCAUACGUUUAGGAAAUUUUCUUCGUAUGUAUCCUUCAGCACGUGCAGCUUUUCUUGUCUAUAUUAUCAUUCUACAUGUAUGGGUAGCAUUUGUUCUUAUGUAUUAUGAACCGGAAAUUCAUGGAUCAGAUUUUAAUGCUAAAUGAAAAAAUGUUGAAACAAAAUAAAAAUAAUGAUUUCUUGCAAUUUUAAUAAAAUUUUUAUCUUGAA